AUGUUCAACACUGUCGCACUCUUUUCUGCACUCCUUGCCUCUGCCUCGCUUGUCUCCUCUGCACCUGCACAGAAGACGAGCCAACCGGUCAUCAACAUCGUGUAUAACCCGGUGAUCACAUACCCUACUGCUGGUGUUGUGUGGGCUGUCGGUGAGACUCGGGAGAUUACGUGGAAUGCGGACGAUAUCCCGCAGGAAGUGAAAGACACGACUGGUACUAUCGUGCUCGGUUUCAACGAGAACGAUAGCGAGAACUUGGAUCUUGCGCACCCGCUUGCUACGGGCUUCAAGCUCACUGACGAGAAGGUGAACGUCACUGUCCCCGACGUGGCAGACCGCUCAGACUACAUCGUCGUUUUGUUCGGCGAUUCUGGCAACGCUUCGCCGGAGUUCACUAUCAACGGCGGUUCCUCUUCUUCGUCCUCGGUUGCCACCUCCACUGCAACCGCGAGCACCCUUCCCACUACUGCUUAA